CUACCUGUCUUUGUGUGUUUUUAGGUUGCACAAGACUGGAAUUAUUUAAUGAAGUGCCACCUAGUUGCCAAAACAGGACAUUAUUUGGUGCUCCGGGCACGAAGAAACGAUUAGAGCAAAUAUGUCUCGGAAACAAACAGCAAAGCCUGUGAGGAGCAAUAAAAAGGGUGAACUGGAGCGAAAGAGGGAUGAACGAGCAGCUCGCCGUGCCAUUGCAAAAGAUCGGAAGAACCGCCCUCAGGAUAACGAUGAAGGGGCAGAGUAUGUCAGCUUCUCCAAUCAGCUCCAGGCGCUCGGGCUAAAGCUGAGAGAAGUCCCAGGAGACGGGAACUGCCUGUUCAGAGCGCUCGGUGACCAGUUAGAGGGGCAUUCGCGGGGUCAUCUGCGGCUUCGCCAGGAGACCGUCCAGUACAUGAUGUCCCAUCGACAAGACUUUGAGCCUUUUGUUGAAGAUGAUGUUCCUUUUCCACAGCACUUGUCCAAUCUCGCCCAGUCCGGUACCUUUGCYGGCAAUGACGCUAUCGUAGCUUUUGCUCGCAGUCAGCAAGUGAAAGUGGUCAUUCAUCAGCUAAACGCCCCACUUUGGGAGAUAAAUGGUGUCGAGAAGCAAGUGUGUAGAGAGCUACACAUCGCCUACCGAUACGGAGAUCACUAUGACAGCGUGCGGCGAGUCGGAGACAACUCUGAGAGUCCUGCACAGCUACGCAUUGAGACCCUGCAGAACUCCCACAGCCAGCAGCGUGUGUUUGGAGACGGUCAAAGAGAAAGACAAAAGGAACCCUUGCCGACAGCGUGUGAAGAGGAAAACGUGAUCCUGAGCUCCAUCAAGAACCGGGGAAUCCAGGGUGAUGAGGAGAACCUGCUACAGCUAAGUGCAGCAACAAUAAAUGCUGAAUGGCUCGCUGGUUCGUCGCUUAGCCAGCUGUGCCAGGGCAAAUGCACAUCGGAGUCCUGUUCAACCUGCAGAGUCGAAGCCACAGACUGCAGUGAGCAUAACAAGCCAGGAGAGGGCAGCGAUGUCCAAAAGCCCAAGGUAUUUUCAUGGAUGGGAUGUACUGCUUUUUUCUUCUUUUUUUUCUUUUCAAAUAAGAAAAUAAGUAAUUUUCUUUAAAAACUGAAAUACUUA